UCGCUAUUUUACUCCAACGUAAACCGUUCGCUUUUCCUUACAGGAAGAGUUAUGAUUGCUCGAGCCGCCUUCCUGCUAGCGGCGCUGUGUGCCUCGCUGCUUCAAGCAGCAGUUGGUGACUGCGUCGGUGGCAGUUGCGAGGCGGCGGCGGCUGGCCGGGUCUUGUUGCAGCGCAAGCAAGAGGCGAAGACGGUGGUGCAGCAAGAGGAGGCUCAGCAGCAUCGCCGAAAUCGCCGGGUGCGUCGCGUGGACCCGGGGCACACGGCGGCGGCGGCCGCGUGGGUGGCGACGCCCUUCUCGGAUUGCGUGCAGUGCCCCGCUGGCUCUCUGCAGAUCCGCAGCGUGCAUUGCCUCCGCAUCUUCGACGGCGCUGCGGUGGCGGAGACGCUCUGCGCGGCCUAUCCCAAGCCAGCCGCGACGAAGAGCUGCGACUGUGCGGAGUUGCCGUGCAACGCGAACCUGACGCAGAUGUGCGUGGCGCCCCAAGGCGGUGGGGACGAGGACUUGGACGUGGACUUCCUGGACCUCGGGUGCUACGAGCGCGUGGCGGGCCACGCUGCGCCGGCGCCGCAGGCGCCGCCGUCGGCCUACGACUUCAGCUGCAUGAGCUACACUGGCGCUGUCCCGUGCAAGAGCGGAGUGCCUUUCUACUCUAUGAGGAGCAACUCCAUGAAUCCGCCGAUGUGCUACGAGUUUUGCACCGGUAAGGGUCUGGACAUCUUCGCGCUGGUGGACGACGUGGAGUGCCGCUGCGGUGCCAGCGCGGUGAACCAAAACGCCCGGGCGCACCAGGUGGACAGUCAGCACUUGGACUUCAACCUUGCGGCCCUGACUUUGAAGCAGAGCGACAUGGGCAUGUGCCCCCUGCGGGUCUACCGCUACGCAGGCCACUACGAGGAGGGCGGGGUGCCCUACGCGCAGACGCAGCUUCUGGAGGAGGACGAGACCUAUUUGAAGAGCAUCUUCUCAGGGCAUUUGGUGACCCACCUGGAGGAUGCGGCCGAGGGCACGAAGACGGUGCCGCCCACGCCGGAGCCUUCCCUGGCGCAGGGCGAGCAGACCCCCGAGGGCUACACCCGGAACUGCUGGCCCGACAACUGCGGCCCGGGCCGCGGGCCGUGGGAGGACCGGGUCUCCGCGACGCCGGCCGGGGUCUGGGAGCGGUACCACGAGUAUGUGG